CUCGAUAUUCGUCUCUACUUCUGAGAUGAAGGGAAGGAAAGGGCGGGACAAACCCUAACAAAACAGUGAGGCGAGAAGCGGCGGCGCGUCUCCCGGUAACAAGUCUUUGCCCCGCCCCCUUCCCCCCUCCUUCGCCGGGAAGGGAGGCAGCAGCUCAUCCCCCCUCAAGACUGAUGCAUGUUUCCUCCAUUACUUUAAUCUGGCUGAGAAUUUGGAUAAGUAUGGCGCAGCUCCAGCAAGGUGGUCCUGAUGAAAAAGAGAAGACUACAGCAUUAAAGGACUUGUUGUCUAGAAUAGACUUGGAUGAACUGAUGAAAAAAGAUGAGCCACCUCUUGAGUUUCCUGAUACUCUUGAAGGAUUUGAAUAUGCUUUUAAUGAAAAGGGGCAACUAAGGCAUAUAAAAACUGGAGAGCCAUUUAUUUUUAACUACCGUGAAGAUUUGCAUAGAUGGAACCAAAAGCGCUAUGAAGCUCUUGGAGAGAUAAUCACUAAAUAUGUUUAUGAACUAUUGGAAGAAGAAUGCCAUUUGAAAAAAGUAUUUGUCCCGGUAGAUGCGGUGGAGAGUGAACCCAGGAGUUUUAUCUUUAUGAGUGAGGAUGCAAUGACAAAUCCUGAAAAACUAAUGGUUCUAAUUCAUGGUAGUGGUGUUGUUAGAGCAGGACAGUGGGCAAGAAGGCUUAUUAUAAAUGAAGAUCUGGACAGUGGCACUCAAAUUCCAUAUAUUAAAAGAGCUAUUGAGGAGGGCUACGGGGUUAUAGUACUGAAUCCGAAUGAAAACUAUAUUGAGGUUGAAAAGACAAAAGCCCAAGUACAGCUGUCUCCUGAUAGAUCGGAUGAACCUGCAGAAAAGAGAGAAAGGAAAGAUAAAAUCCAAAAAGAUACAAAGAAACGACGAGACUUUUAUGAGAAAUAUCGGAAUCCACAAAAAGAAAAGGAAACUGUGCAGUUGUAUAUUAGAGAAAAUGGCUCUCCUGAAGAACAUGCUGUUUAUGUAUGGGACCACUUUAUCACCCAAUCAGCAGCUGAAAAUGUAUUUUUUGUUGCUCACAGUUAUGGAGGACUUGCAUUUGUGGAACUGAUUAUUCAACGAGAGGCAGAAGUAAAAAAUAAAGUUACUGCCGUGGCAUUGACAGAUUCAGUUCACAAUGUGUGGCAUCAAGAAGCUGGCAAAACGAUUCGAGAGUGGAUGCGAGAGAACUGUUGCAAUUGGGUCUCGAGUUCAGAACCUCUGGAUGCAUCAGUCGAGUCCAUGUUACCUGACUGCCCACGAGUCUCUGCAGGUACGGAGCGGCACGAGCUGACCUCCUGGAAGAGCUACCCGUCGAUCUUCAAGUUCUUCGGAGAGGCGGUGGAGGCGAAGAGCAGCUCGGGCAAAGCGGCUCCGACGCGGCGCUCGCAGCGGAUCCGUUACGAGGAACUGUAGGAAGGAAGGAAGGGAGGGAAGGAAGGAAGGAAGGAAGGAAGGAAGCCGGCGCCUGCCUGCCUGCCUGCCUGGCUCGGUGCGGGCGGCGCUCCGCAGUCCCAGCCCCUCAUUAGAUUGUUUUCUUCCCAGAGCACAGGGUCGCCGUGUAUACAUCUAAGUAGCGUUUUGCAUUAUUUCUAGAUGAGUGCAACUGUCAAAGCAAUAUGGGUUCACUGGUUGUGCUUCCUGUGGGCUGCAGCUUGGAUUUCGGGCUGCCCAUCAGUGCGCAGAUUAAGGCUGACAGCAGCACUGCACAGCGCAGCCUGGUGCAGCUCUAAUUGCCCUGACAUCGCCCUGCACUGAGCUGAUGGCUGGCCGCCGCCGCCACCGUGGCUCCUUCCGGGUCCUAGCUCCCGCCCGCCUGCCCUAGUGCCACUUGCCUCCUCCCAGGCUGCUUAGGCCUGCCUCCCCUCCCGCCCCGCCCUAACGUAAUCGGAGCUCGUCUUAUUUUUCCCAUGCGUUUUUUUUUUAAAAAAAGCAGAUUUCUUUAAACCAAGUUUCUGACCACGCCUUAGGCUUUUUAAUAAUUUCCCCUAGUUUGGGCGGAUUUUUAAACCAUUUUUUUCGUGUUUUUAAAAUCCACGGGCCCAAAUGAAUGUCGGUGGCACCGAUCCUAAACGAUACACUUCUAAAAAAUUAUCAUGUAAGUGUGUUGAGGAUCCACGUGUAACUGCCACAAGGACUACAUUGCUCGAUUUGUAACUCGUUUCCUACUAAGGCUGACCAGAGGCUGUGCAUCAAACUAAAAUAAUACAUUUAAUCAGUAGGUACUUUUGUUUUUAAUCAGGAGAUACUUUACACUCCGAUGCAGCAGGGCUGUUUCUGCGGAACGCUCAUUGCUUUGGGAUAUUUUACGUUUCCGGGAGAGUUUGCUGAGUCAUUUUUAAAAGUGGGAAAGAUGUUUUAGCGACAAAUGUAAUAUAGAUCAAAUAAUACCGGUAUUUAAAAAUGUUACUUCUAAUACUUGGUUGAAACGUUUAUUUUUUAUUCGAACAGAAUAUCUAUUUUGUGACAGAUCAAAUUGCUAAUAACUUUAUAAAAAUGCUGGAUGGUACCAAGACAAGGCUUCGCCACCUUCAGUGGUCUUUUUCUUGUCCAAGGCGAACUGGAGAGGGCGAGGCGGCAACCACAGAGCUUUUUCUUUACUUGCUGAAACAGGGUCCACGUUGCGGGGGGGGGGCAAUCCCCCUCUCCUUGUAGAGAGAUCUUUUCUCACUCAGAAGCGCCUCCUCACUUGUUGAAUCCUGAAGCCAGUCUCCUUUAACUUUAACCGUCUGACGACACUGUGAAAUAUUGAUGGACAAAAGAGAGAGGAAGGGGGAGCAUGUAUUACUGACUUUGCUAAUCACCGUUAUUACCAGGAAUACUUCAUUCUCACAUUCCUUAAAUUUCCAAUCACUUCGAAUGACUCCUGGCUCUUCUAAAUUCCGCACAGGCCUAGAGUCCAUAUUUUGUCACCCAGUCUUUCCAGUUAGCAUUAAGUUAAAUAAUUUCUGCCUUAGAAGCUGCGCCAGGAGCCCCCAUUCUCCAGUGGGGGAAAUGAAAACACCAGCAAUCCCGUGUUAAAUUUUUGUCGUGCCAAUCCUCGGGGGACAGUGAAGGCAGGUUUCUGUGAGCCUGUGAAUCCAUUCUGGGUUUUUCAGGCAGAAUUCUAAACGAGCUCUCUAAGGUGCUAAACCCCAAUUUAGGUUCCCCAAUUUAGGAUCCCCAAAUUAGGUUCAACACCUUGGGUUGCUCCAUUAGAGUUCUGACUUAAACCCAAACCGAUUCUCAGUCCCACCGAAAUCGGAGCCACCAGCCUCCACUGACCAGAGAGCUCUGCCCCUGCCCUACUGAAAGCAAAGGCCACAACCCAUGUGGAAAUUAGGCACCUUGAAGUUCCCUGCGGAUCAUUGGGGUUUGAGGCGAGGCUGGAUAAUGGCCAGUGGGCAACUCUAAUGAGCCCUGCAGCAGGCGAGGUCACUCUCGCCUUUGCUCAAGCAGCAAUGCCUGACCAGUUCUAGAAUAACCACGCAAAGACACUACGGACCAGCAGAACGUUUCACGAACCUGUGGGCGAUUUUCUUUUCUCUUGGUGCAUCAUCUCUGAUGUUAUUAGAGCAGCAGAGGGGUCACAUUUCUUUCAUGUAUGCAUUCAAUGGCUUCGACAUUUUGACUUGUCGCCCCCCGCCCCGUGUCCCUGGAAACUGCCACUGCAGAAGGCCAGGGAAGAAUCCGAGUGGGGUAGUUUGGCCCUUCUUUGUACACCUAUUCGAUAAUCCGGCUGUGUGUGACCCUGUGUGAAGCCUCCCUGUGAGUGUCAAAGGGGGUCGGGGUAGGCAAGAAGAUCGCGCCCGAGCUCCCCUUCCUUCGACAACCUGCCCACGUGAUCUCUGUGGGAGAGUCCAGGGUCAGGGCCAUCACUCGCGUUGACGUGCUGCGUGUCCCGCUGUGCCGGGCGCCUCCUUACUGUGGCGCUAUCUGAACAGCCUGCUUUCCCCCCCCCCCCCGUUCCUUUGGGCGGCAUUUCUCCCAAUUGCCUAAUGGGUGACCUUUUAGGCUUGAAAGCCACAAUGGUGCCUAACUGGGUUUUUGCAGAGUGGGACGUAUGCUCCGUUGUUGUACAGGCUUUUGGUCCGAUUGACUUCCUAAACGCUUUGCCUUGUUCACAUCCCCUUCACCUGAUCUUCCCAGCUUCUUCUUUUCUCCGCCACAUCUAUGUUCUCUGGGCUUGUCCCUCUUUCCCUUCCUGGCCCCUGCUGAUGCAGACCCCAGGGGGACGCGCCUGGCCGGGGUUUCUUCCGUUAUUCAUGGCUCCCCAUUUCCUACCUAGAACAUCGUUGGCCUCUUCCACAACCAAAGGCAGCCAGCCCCUAGACCGCAACCUGUCUCUUGUGAAAGCCUUCGGGGCUUUGCCGAGUGCCAAAACUCACCAAAAUGACCCCGUUGUUGUUGUUGUUGUUGUUGUUGUUGUUUUUCCAAGUGUUGAGAUUUCUGUUCUUACACGUGCGGUCCCACCAGCCUCUCGCCCUGUAUCGUGCCAUUGCCUGGUUUGUAUUCUUGCUGCUUAUGGACCGAACUGUAAAGCACAGGGAGUUCGUAAAAGGUUUGUCUCUUUCUGUUUACACUGAACCAAUAAAACGAUGGUUUCUCUUCUAA